AUGGAUAUAGGACUGACUCAAAGAGGCUUAGAGAUAAAGGCCUCUUGCCUGAGGCGGAUCUCCUCUGCUGCCACCACAGCGAGCAGCAGCAGCAGCAGCUGCAGCAGCUGCAGCAGCAGCUGCAGUAGCUGCAACGCCUGCAGCAGCAGCUGCAGCAGCAGCAGCAGCAUGCUGUCCAGACACUCCAGCAUGGGUGAGCGGCUGGAGAGGCUAAAGACAGAGCACGCCGUGCUGCAGAAGGUGAAGGAGCAGCAGCAGCAGCAGCAGCAGCAGCUGCAGCAGGAGCGGCAGCAGCGGCUGCUGCUCGAAGCAAAAGUUGCUGCGCUCGAGUGCGAGCUGCAGCAAAAGGAAAGAGACAUCCAGAAUGCCAAGCAGCAGGAACAGAGCACCCAAGAGCCGCUGAGAAUGGUGCUGCUGUGGAGCUUGCUGCUGUUGGUCAUGUUGCUCGUUGUGGAUGCUACUGCUGCUGUUAAUGCUGCUGCUGCUGCUGCUGCUGCUUUGGAUGUUGCUGCGGCUGUGGAUGCUGCUGCUGUGGGUGUUUCUGGGGCGAAGCAGCGGGAGCAGCAGCUGCAGGAGCAGCUGCUGCUGGACUGGCAGCAAACGGAGCUGCUGCGGCAGCGGGAAGCAGCAGCAGCAGCAGCAGCUCACCGCUAUCAAGCAGAAGCAGAAACAGCGCAGGCAGAGCUGCGGCGGCUUUCGGCGGAGACGGAGGAGAAGCUGGAGCGUCUUUUUAAGGAGAAGGAGAGUUUGGCGGAGGCCAUAAGUGUUUACCGCCUGGAGGAGAUAAAAGCAAAAGACAAAACGGCGCAGCAAACGCAGCAAAUUAGAAAUCUCGAAGAAGAGCUCCGCACAGAACGCUCGCAUUCGCUGGAGCUGCAGCAGCGGCAGCAGGAAGCAGCAGCAGCAGCAGCAAGAGACAGCAAGCAGCAGCAGCAGCAGCACGAGCAGCAGCAGCAGCAGCUGCAGGAGCGUCUGGCAGCAGCAACAGCAGAGCUAGCAGCACUUAAAAUCAAAGUCGAGACAGAGCCAAACAGGCUGCAGCAGCAGCUAGAAGAGGCAGCAGCAGAAGCAGAGAGCUACCGAGUGUCUCUUGAUCGAGUGACAGAAGAAUUAAAUGCUGCAGUUGCAGAAGCAGAGAGGGAGCAGCAAGCAGCAGCAGCAGCAGCUGCUGCUCGCGAGGCCGAAUUGCUGGCGGAGCUGAGCAGCCAAAAAAAGGAGACAGCAGCAGCAGCAGCUGCUGCUGCUGCUGCUGCAGCAGAAAGAGACAAGACAGCCUCAACUCUUAAAAACAAACUCGAGAAAGCAGCAGCAGCACUUAGCAAAGAAGUCAGCCACCAGGAGACACUCAAGCAACGAUUGGAAAAUAUAACUGAAGAACUCGAAAGCCAAAAAGAAGAAACCCAAAAAGUCCGCAGCGACCUCUUGGCCCUGGAGCAGCAGCACAUGCGCCUCAUGGCUGCUGUUGAGCAGGAGCGGGAAGCAAUCAGGCAGCAGCAGCAGCAGCAGCAGCGGCAGCAGCAGCAGCGGCAGCGGGAAGAGGCGCAGCAGCAGAGCCGGGCGCGCGCAGGAGCGGCAGCAGCAGCAGCAGCCGAUGCGACACAGCAGCAGGUGCAGCAGCAGGCACCUGAAGAGCAAGCAGGAGCAGCAGCAGGAGCAGCAGCAGCAGCGGCAGCUCGUGUGGCGUAUCUGUGCGUGCAGCAGCAGCGGCAGCAACUGCUGCUGCUGCAGCAGCAGCAGCAGCAGCAGCUGCAGCAGCUGCAGCAGCUGCACAGGGAGAGCCGCUCGCGGUGGCUGCGGAAGCUGCAGACUUACAAGCGGAUGUACAUACAGCUGAAGUCCAGAGCAGCAAAACUUUUGAAAGAGAGAGAUUUGCUGCUGCAGCACAUCAAGAGAAUAAGACAAGAUGGAGAAGCAGCAGUGCAGCAGCUGCUUGCUGCUCCCCCCACCCAGCUGCCGCAGGUUGAGCAGCACUCGCUGCUGCUGCAGCAGCACCAGCAGCUGCAGCAGCAGCUCCAGCAGCAGCAGCAGCUGCAGCAAAGGGAAGAAGAGGAAGAGCUGCUCAGGGGAGAAAGCUGCAGCAAAUGGAAGUCUGCAGCAGCAGCAGCUGCUGCUGCUGCUGCUGCUGCAGACAUGUCCCUCCAGCAGCUGCUUUACCCCAUUCCUCAAGAGUCCUCCAGUACCACGUUGAGCUUAACUGCUGCUGCUGCUGCUGCUGCUGCUCAGUUUAAGAAGCAGCAA